CCUCCCAGGAUGCAGAGCGCCGUUGACCUCCCUGACUCCAAGAUGGCGGCGCCCAGCGGGGCUGAGGGAGCUGCUUGAGGGAGUCCGAGGGCCGUGAUUUGGCAGCAGUUUGCCAUAGUCAGCAGAGAAGGUGCUCUUCUGCUCCCUGUGCCGUAUAACUGGAGGUGCUGGAAAGGAAAGGCCCAACAUUUUCUGCGUGCAACGUCUGUGCAGAAUCCAAACCACCAUGUCUAAGCUUGCCCAAGCUAGCAAAAUGAUGAAGGGAACCGGUGGAGGUGUGAUCCGGUCAAUCAUCAGAGCUGGACAGGCCGUUCCAGGUCCACCUCUAGGACCUCUUCUUGGACAGUACGGUAUUCCCAUUGGACAGUUCUGCAAGGAUUUCAAUGAGCGGACAAAGGACUUCAUACCAGGCAUCCCGCUACCCACACGUAUUGACAUCAAGUCCGACAGGUCCUAUGAACUUCAGAUAAACAAGCCAACGACCACCUAUUUUUUACUUUCGGCAGCUGGCCUAGAAAAGGGAGCUUCAUCUCCUGGACAUGAGGUAGCCGGGAUGCUGACUCUGAAGCACCUGUAUGAAAUUGCUCUGGUGAAAUCCCAGGACACCGCAUUUGUGCUCCGUGACAUGCCACUAGAGACGGUCAUCAAGACCCUGAUUGGAAGCGCCCGAUCGUUGGGAAUCAAAGUGGUGAAAGAAUUAAACGCAGAAGAAUAUGGAGUCUUCCUGAAGGAGCGCGAAGAAAAGUUGGCGGCCGAGGCUGAAGCCAGAGCAGCUGAACGGGUAGCAAAGAAAAAGGAGAGCGUGACGGCUUCUACAGCGGCCUGAGAGGCAGACCCCUUGGAAAGGUGAUGCUCUAAACAAGGAUCUUGCCCCAUCCCCUCGUGGCAUGGGAGUUGAAGUUUGCACAGAGUCCAGCUGGCUGAAGAAGAGAAGAAAUGCUCAAAGGCAGGAGACUUCGGGUUGCCAAACUGAGUUGCUGUGUAAUUCUUGUCAGACCCUUUUAAAUUAAUCAUGGCAAACUAAAAUCUGUGUUGGUCAUUGAGAUUCCUGAGUUCUGCCUUUCAAGAGCAUAGGACAAAGCUCACAUCUGUCUGUUAAUCAGAAGAAUAAACCUGUUGGAUGUUAA